AUGUCCGACUUCCGCGACAUCCUGGGGCUUGGCAAGCACGAGCCGGGCGCCGCGCCCGCGCGUCGGCCAAAGCCGUCGGUGCAGAAGCCGGAGGGCAUGAGCCGCGAGGUGUUUGCGCUUCUGCACAACGACGGCGACUCGAUGCACGCUCCGGCGGUGCCUCUCGUCCCGACGACGGCGCCGCCCGACGGCUUCAAGGAGAAGGAGCACCGGCUGAUCGGGUGGGAGUGGCGCCCGUUUGAGAAUGCGGCGCGGACGGAUGCGCUUCGGCUGCGGCACUGGAAGAAGAACAACGACAAGAACACGACGUACACGUUUGCGCGCUUCAACAAGACGGUGCGCAUCCUCUCCUACUCCGACUCUGAGUACGCCACCGUCCUGCAGCACGCCACGUGGACGAAGGAGGAGACGGACGCGCUGUUUGAAAAGUGCCGCCAGUUUGACCUGCGCUGGCCGGUGAUCCACGACAGACUGCCCGGCUCCAGGAGCAUGGAGGAGCUCAAGGAGCAGGGGUGCCGCUCGCUGCUGCAGGCGGGACUCAGGGCCGCCGCCGAAGGCUCCGGCGCCGCCACCGUGCUGGCAGAGCACCCGCUCGGGACGUUUCAGUUCGACUCUGCGCCCGAGGUCGCGCGGAAAAGGGAGUUCGAGCGCCUCUACGAGCGGUCAGCCGAGGAGGCGGCGGAGGAGGCGCGGAGGCUCGAGCAGGCAAAGGCGCUCGAGGCGAGGCUGAGGGGGCAGCGGAAGGCCCUCAAGCCGGGCGGCAAGGCGGCGACCUUGCAGGCGCUCAAGGCGUCGCUGUCUGCGUCGGGGCUCGGCGCGGGCGACGACCUCGCGCUGGGGGGGCUGCCCUCGCUCGCGGGGCUGAUGGAGGCGCCGAAGCGUCCCCGCUCCGUCGGCGCGUGGCUGCGCUCGGCCGACCUCUCGACCAAGAAGCCGGCCGCCGACAAGCAGCUGACGCACUUCGACGGCCGGAUGAGGGACGUUGCGAUGCCGGCGAAGGUGCUGCCUUCCGAGGCGAACGUGCGCCUCUACAACUCGUGCCGCGCCCACCUCGUCCUGCUCGUCGAGCUCGAGUCGAAGAUCAAGCGGCUCGAGUACGAGAAGGGCGUGCUGCUCGCGCGGCGCCAGGGGACGGCGCUGCCGCCCCUGCCGGCGCAGGCCUCGGGCGCGGGCAAGCGGGUGCGCAGCGACGCGGCGGAGCGGUCGGGGAAGCGCUCACAUCACGGCCCUCGGUCGUGAGAGUACUGAGUUGACGCUCAGUUUUGGGGGCUACACUCCUCUACACAUGACAACAGGUACCUUCAGUGACAAAAGCCCAGAGAUGCGACGGUGUAUCAU